AUGGCUUAUCCUCAGGGCUACUUGUACCAGCCAUCCCCUUCUUUGGCGCUGUAUUCAUGCCCGGCGUACAGCACCAGCGUUAUAUCGGGACCCAGGACCGAAGAACUUGGUAGAUCCUCAUCUGGCUCUGCUUUUGCUCCCUAUGCCGGAUCUACCGCGUUCACCAGCGCUUCGCCCGGGUACAACUCCCAUCUCCCGUACAGUGCGGAGGCGGGAGCGGCCGCCACAUUCGCUUCAUACGUGAGUUCUCCCUAUGACCACACGACGGGCAUGGCUGGGUCUAUAGGAUAUCACCCCUACGCUGCUCCCCUGGGUUCAUACCCCUACGGUGACCCGGCAUACCGAAAAAACGCGACCCGGGAUGCCACCGCCACUCUCAAAGCCUGGUUGAACGAGCACCGUAAGAACCCCUACCCCACCAAGGGGGAGAAGAUCAUGCUGGCCAUCAUCACCAAAAUGACCCUUACCCAAGUUUCCACCUGGUUCGCCAACGCCAGGAGGAGGCUAAAGAAGGAGAACAAGAUGACCUGGACUCCCCGAAACCGGAGCGAGGACGAGGAGGAAGACGAGAACAUCGAUCUGGAAAAGAAUGACGACGACGAGCCUAGCAAGUCGAAAGACAAGGGAGACUCGACAGACACAGAGUUAGAUCAUAAAUUGCUGAACCCGGGGGACAUAGUGUGCGACAGAUUUAAAGAGGAGAAUCAUGGCAAAGAAACGGAUCCCCUUCUGAGCGACUCGGAAUUAAAAGACCAGGGGGAUCGGACAGAGUUACUGCCCGAGUCUGCUAAACCCACCACCUCGUCUCCAUCCGCCGUGCCUCGGGGAGGAACCGAGCUCGUUGCGCAAGACAAGCCGUCAGAAAUGGGCCAUGCGCCGGGCACCGUAAACAGCAACGUGACGUCUGUCAUUCACUCCUCCCCAUCGGCCCCUAAACCCAAACUCUGGUCCCUGGCUGAGAUUGCAACGUCCUCAGACAGGUGUAAGAGCAGCAGCGACGGGCCGCAGGGCCAUGGGAUGGGUCACAGCACAGUGAUCACCACCAAUGCAGCGUCACCAUCACGGUCCUCCCCACAGUGCCCUCUCCCAAACAGCACAGUCCUAUCCAGGCCUAUCUACUACACGUCCCCUUUUUACCCGGGCUACACGAACUAUGGCAGCUUUGGACAUCUUCACAGUCACAGCAAUCACGGCUCGGGCACGGGCUCCACGGCACAUUUCAAUGGAUUAAACCAGACUGUGUUAAAUAGAGCAGAAGCUUUGGUAAGAGAAAGCCAGAAAGGCAGAGGCCAAACGCAGGUAGAUCUUUGUAAAGACUCCCCUUAUGAACUAAAGAAAGGUAUGUCAAACAUUUAA